CUGUAGACAUCCGAUAUAUCAUUUUCGUAGGUAUUUGGUAAAAUGUGUUGAUUACCGGUCGCGAUGCUACUGGGUACCAUGCAGGAAGACGGGCUCGCUCCCAAACCAAGAGCCACUGACUUCUCCAUCGCCGCGAUCAUGGCCAGGGAACCUCCCAGGCCUGUGGUGCGUUCUCAGCCACUCAUCGGCCGACUCUCCAUCGCCCGCCGAGUGGUGCCUGGGGACAGGAGCGGCAGCGACUACGACGAGGAGGAGGAAGACGUGGAGGUAGACGUGGAAGAGUGUUCGGAGAGUGAGGGAGAGGCGAGGACACGGAAGCGGAGAGUCUCUGAGUGUGUGAGUGAGGAGGAGGACAGAGAAAGAGAGAGAGAAUCGCCCGGAGUGAGGCUGAAGGUGAAGAGACGUUGCAACUGUCAGGAGCUGCUGACUGCAGAAUGUCACCUGGAGACGAAGGAGUUGUGGGACAAGUUCCACGACCUAGGCACUGAGAUGAUCAUCACCAAGACUGGCAGACGGAUGUUCCCGACGUUGCGGGUAUCCUUCACAGGCCUGAGGCCAGACCAAAGGUACGCCGUGCUGAUGGACAUCGUCCCCGUGGACAACAAGAGGUACCGCUACGCCUACCAUCGGUCCUCGUGGCUGGUAGCAGGCAAAGCUGAUCCUCCGGCGCCUUCCCGCCUUUACAUGCAUCCUGACUCUCCCUUCACCGGGGAACAGCUGAGGAAGCAGGUCGUGUCCUUCGAGAAGGUCAAACUCACCAACAACGAGAUGGACAAGAACGGCCAGAUCGUCCUCAACUCGAUGCACCGCUACCAACCACGAAUACAUCUGGUGAAGUGGAGAGAACACGGUGGACCAAUCCUAGACCUGGACCAGGAGCAGUUCAGGACGUACGUGUUCCCUGAGUCUGUCUUCACAGCUGUCACCGCCUACCAGAAUCAGCUGAUUACGAAGCUGAAAAUCGACAGUAAUCCUUUCGCCAAGGGCUUCCGAGAUUCGUCCAGACUCACGGACUUUGACAGAGACCCGAUGGACGUCAUGUUCAUGGAGCAGCACUUCCUACGGUCACCCCUUAGGCUAUACUCCGACAUGGACUCCGACAACAACUCCAACACACUUUUCUCCGCGGCGAUGAUGGAGAAGGCCCGGGCCCAGCUGCAGCUGUGGGGGCGAGGCCCCGGUUAUCCAGGGGGCGAGGUGAUGCUGCCCUACCCCGGCGCCAGGGUGCCCAUGGGGCCGGGACUCUGGGGCAGUCAGUACCCGGGACUCCUACUGCCGCCUCCUGUGCCGCCUCCCCAGCAGAUCACACCGCCUCCACCCUCCACGUCCGCCGCCUCCACCCCAUCAAGUUCCUCGGGCUCGCCCCAGCCGUCCCCCUCGGACAAGCUGCCCAGACCGGCCGCCGUGUUUCCCACUCCCCAACAUCGGUUCAGCCCCUACCAACUGGUGGCCAAGGGACGGGAGUCUGUACCUACCAGGAACUAAUCCGUUAUUGCGUCCUUAGUGGAUUUGGAAUGGAAUUUUGUUUAGGAAAUAUUAUGAAUAGCUUUGUAAAAGAGUGAUCAUCUUAUUGAAUGCUUCUUUCGAAGCAUUUAAAAAAUCUUUUAUCAAAAUUUGAAUUUAUGUUUAGUUUCGUCCUGAUUAUUUGGUAAAUUAAUGUGUGAUAUUAUGAGUUUAAGUGAUAAUGGAUAAAUUGCACAUGGAAUUGUUGAUACAAACGUGCAAAAUAAAGAUCAAAUUAAAAAUAUGAACAAAGUAUCAUUCAACAGAAUAAAAUUUAAACACAAACUCAACCUAACGUGUUGGAAAAUGUUUUAAAAUAAAUUACAAGUAAAUUAUCAACUAAAAUGAUAUUUCGUUUCAAACUUAAUUUUAAAUUAAGAGUUUCAAUUAUUAUUCUAAACUUAAAAGAAUGUAAUCCACGUUUCUCGCAAAAAAAAAGCUUUAAACAAGGUAAAAUAAUUUUAAUUUAAUUUAUAAUUUAUAAACGGCCUUGUACUUCCUGAUUGUGUAAAGUGGUGUAAAUAUUUAGGAUUUUUGUAUGUGUAUUAAAUGUGCAUGUAUAUACUUAAUGUCCUAUAUGUGAACUUGUGUAACCCCUAGCAAACCAAAGACUCGUAUGUACAUAGUGUAUCUAUAUUGUUUUUGUUGUUUCCUUUGUUAGAUUUAUUGACUGUAGUAAACUAUCUGUAUUACAGUUAGAAAUUGUCAAUAAAAAUUGUAUCGAUCUCUUAAAUUGAAAAUAUGUCAUAAUUAUACGAACAAUGUGUAAAAUUAUUAGUUUAAAAUAUCUUUUUUUGGACACAUCAGGUUGAAUUGAAGUAAAAAUUUCCAUUGGUUCAAAAAAUGUAUUAUUGUAUCAAUCACUGUAAGUUAUAGGUUAAGAUUUUUUUCCAAAAUGUCCUUAUAAAAUAAUUUUAUUUCACCUUGUGACGUACUCUAUCCAGACUAAUCUUUUGGUUAGUAAAACGUUAUUUGUGAUACUUUUUUAACAAAUUAUGACAACCAAAAAUAUUUUUAUAAACUUAAUUGUUUCUCCAAAAUAUAAGAACUAAGCGUUUCUUGUUGAAGUCUUUUAAAUGCAGCACUGCAGUGCUAACCAUUUUUACCUUUUUGUUAUUUGUAUACUGUAUAUAUAUGUUGUAAUGUAAAUACGAUGUACGUGGUGUAUUUAUUAAAUAUAUUCGAAUUGUGU